GUCGGCAAAGACCAAGAUCGAAGGCCCAGUAUGCGCGUCGCAAGAAAACCAGCAUCAAGCAGCAGCAGGAGCACCAAGAUGGCGGCCCAGGCUAUCCUCCUGCUUGCCGGCCACGUCGUCGCCCAGUGUCCAGACUACGUAAAGUACUCAACGCAGCGACACGAGCCCUUCAGCACGGGACGGUAUGGUCUGUCGUACAUGCGACCGCCGCCCGAGUGCCGGACCUUCCGGGCAGCCGAGGUCGACGACGUCGUCGAGCGGAUGAAGAGCACCAUCGCGGAUCCUGACCUGGCGCGGCUGUUCGAGAACGCGUUCCCCAACACGCUCGACACGGCCAUCAAGUGGCACGGCGUUGCGGCCGACGACCCGUCCGAGGAGCUGACCUUUAUCAUCACGGGCGAUAUCAACGCCAUGUGGCUCCGCGACUCGGCCAACCAGCUUCAGAGCUACAUGCCGGUCCUCAAGGCUAACAGCAGCAAAGAAAGCAUCGCGGGCCUGUUCAGAGGCGUCAUCAACCUGCAGGCCCGGUACCUGCUCACGUCGCCGUACUGCAACAGCUUCCAGGCUCCUGCCGAGAGCAAAAUUCCACCCGCUACCAACGACGCAGCCAAGGAGGACACAGUGACGCCGCAGUACAGCAAUGCAUCCGUGUUUGAGUGCAAGUAUGAGCUCGACAGCCUGGCGGCGUUCCUGCAGAUCUCUGUGGACUACUACAACAAAACCCAGGACGCCGACUUCUUCGGCAAGCACAAAUGGAGCGACGCCGUGCGGGCGACGCUCAAGGUAGCGAGGGACAUGCAGACGCCGACGUACGGGUCUGACGGGCGGGUGCUGGCUUCGCCGUACAAGUUUACGAGAGUCACCCCCCGCGCAACAGAGACGCUGGCCAACGACGGCAUCGGCAGCCCCGUCGGCAACGGCACGGGUCUAAUCCGAUCGGCCUUCCGGCCCAGCGACGACAGCACGCUGUUCCAGCUCUUCAUCCCAGCCAACAUGAUGUUCGCAGCGAACCUGGGCGCGGCGGCCGAGAUUGCGGCCAAGAUCGGCGGAGGAGCGCUGGCUGACGAGAUGCGGACCUUUUCCAAGCAGCUGCGCGACGCCAUCACGGCGCACGGCAUCAUCCCCGACACGACCAACGGUGGAAUCGGCGUGGGCCGCGGCAACAUCUACGCGUACGAGGUGGACGGGUUCGGGUCGGCGGCGGUCAUGGACGACGCCAACAUCCCGAGCCUGCUGAGCGCGCCGCUGUCGGGCUAUGUGAGCCGGAACGACCCCGUGUACCGCAACACGCGGGCGGUGGUACUUAACGAGAGGGGCGUCAACGACAACCCGUAUUUCAUGCGCGGACCCGUCAUCAACGCCAUCGGCGGGCCGCACGCCGGGCCUGGAAAGGCAUGGCCCAUGGCGAGCAUCGUGCGCAUCCUGACGAGCGACGACGACGACGAGAUCACGAGGGUAUUGAAGGAGGUGGUUAGCAGCACGGAUGGGUUGGGGCUCAUUCACGAGAGCAUCAAUUCGCACAACCAGUCGGAUUGGACGAGACAAUGGUUUUCAUGGGCCAACGGCUUGUUUGGACAGAUGAUCAUAGAUUUGGAGGGGAGGAAGCCCGACAUUCUGAAGAAGAGCUUCCAAUAG